AUGUCAGACUCUGAAUUUGAUAGAACUGAUCCAUCCAAGUUCUUAGGUGACCUAAUAGGCUCUCCAGUGAGAGUCAAGUUGUACAGUGGAGUUGAAUAUCGCGGUGACUUGCAAACCAUUGAUGGGUACAUGAAUGUCGUAUUAGAGAAUGGUAAAGAAUUUAUCAAUGGCGACGUAACUAGAGACUAUGGUGACUUGUUUCUUAGAGGAAACACUGUUUUGUACAUCACUGAAAAUUGA